AUGCCUAGCGACAAAUUUGGCGAGCAAUGUCUGGCAAGCCGUAUGGCGGAGACCACAACCAUCCCAGAGUCCUGCUUGCAUAAUGUGAGGACGAUGUUCAAUCAGAGUGUUGCAAGGAGGAUGAGCUGGGCUUUGAAGAGAGUUACCACACGUCCGGAAGAUAUCGCCUAUUGCUGGAUGGGGAUCUUUCUGAUCAACAUGCCGCUGCUCUCUGGGGAGGGCUCAGAUGGUUUCAUUCGACUUCAGCAAGAAAUUGCCAGACAGACCGAUGACGAGUCCAUCUUCGCCUGGACUACAGGCGAUUUCAAACGGCUCGAGCAUCGAUCGUUCCUGGCGAACCAUCCAAGGCAAUUUGUCAACUGCGGUUCUGUCUUCCGUAUGCAACUGUCGCCGCGAAAACCAUAUCGGAUCAUGAAUCAAUACCUCGAAUUCGAGUCAAGGGCUGUACGGCUGGCUGCUGGCAACGGUGACCUCUAUAUCCUGGAGCUAAACUGUUGCGACGUGGAUGGCUGUCCAGAUUGACGUGGAUGGCUGUCCAGAUUGGGUUGGCGACAUUCACGAGAUUGACACACCAGCGCACACAUGCCUCAUUGCUUUGCAUAAGACCCAAGAUGGCACGUUUCGUCGGGUAGCUCAUGGCGGGAAUCGAGCAUACCUUGCCGCUCAUAUCAAGCGUCGGUCAUCAAGGGCCGAACUCACCUUUGAUGUGCAGAGAUCAUUCGUCAUUGCUUUGAUCAAGUCAUGGAGAAAUGCGGCCGUCGUUCUACAGCCGGACUCUUUCUCGAAACUUACAAGGCUUGGAUAUCUCUUUGGGGCUCCCAAUGGCCACCUGCAGCGAGAGAAUAGCGCGGAUAAUGAUGAAUGUCCUUCAUCUAGUCCUUCACUUGAAGACGAAGAUGAAUGGUACUGA